GGCCCGAAUGCGCGUCCGGUGAAGGUACAGCCCCGCCGCCGCCGCCGCGGCCGGGAGAUGGUUCGGGCCUAGCGGAGCCGGGGCUAGAGCAACAUGAACCUUGAAGACCGGAAUGUGCUGCGUAUGAAAGAAAGGGAAAGGCGGAAUCAGGAAAUUCAGCAGGGUGAAGACGCCUUCCCACCUAGCUCUCCUCUCUUUGCUGAGCCAUACAAAGUUACUAGCAAAGAAGAUAAGUUAUCAAGUCGUAUUCAGAGUAUGCUGGGAAACUACGAAGAAAUGAAAGAUUUAAUAGGAGACAGGGCUAUACCAAAGCUUGUUGCAAUUCCCAAGCCUACACUACCAACAACAGAUGAUGAAAAAUCAAAACCAAAUUUCUAUGAACAGAGACAUGGAAGCUCUCAUCAGAGUAGCAAAUGGACUCCUGUAGGACCUGCACCAAGUACUUCUCAGUCUCAGAAGCGGUCCUCAGGCUUACAGAGUGGACAUAGUAGCCAGAGGACCAGUGCAAGUGCUAGCAGUAGCACUAACAGUAGCGGCCAGAGGCAUGACCGUGACUCAUAUGGCAGCAGCCGGAAAAAAGGCCAGCAUGGAUCAGAACACUCCAAAUCACGAUCGUCUAGCCCUGGAAAACCCCAGGCUGUUUCUUCAUUAAGCUCUAGUCAUUCCAGAUCUCAUGGGAGUGAUCACCAUAGCAAGGAACAUCAGCGUUCCAAGUCACCUCGAGACCCUGAUGCCAAUUGGGAUUCUCCUUCCCGUGUACCGUUUUCAAGUGGGCAGCACUCAAAUCAGUCUUUCCCACCUUCGUUGAUAUCAAAAUCCAGUUCAAUGUUACAGAAACCCACUGCCUAUGUGCGGCCAAUGGACGGACAGGAGUCCAUGGAACCAAAGCUGUCCUCUGAGCACUACAGCAGCCAGUCCCAUGGCAACAGCAUGACUGAGCUGAAGCCCAGCACCAAAGCACAUCUCACCAAGUUGAAAAUACCUUCCCAGCCACUGGAUGCAUCAGCUUCUGGUGAUGUGAGCUGUGUAGAUGAAAUUCUUAAAGAGAUGACGCACUCAUGGCCUCCCCCUCUAACGGCUAUUCAUACACCAUGCAAAACAGAACCUUCCAAAUUUCCUUUUCCAACUAAGGAGUCUCAGCAGUCCAAUUUUGGCCCUGGAGAACAAAAAAGAUAUAAUCCUACUAAAACUUCAAAUGGCCACCAGUCUAAAUCUAUGUUAAAGGAUGACUUAAAGCUAAGCAGCAGUGAAGACAGUGAUGGGGAACAGGACUGUGAUAAAACAAUGCCAAGAGGUACACCAGGAAGCAACUCUGAACCUUCACAUCAUAAUAGUGAAGGAGCAGACAAUUCCAGGGAUGAUUCUAGCAGCCAUAGUGGAUCUGAAAGCAGCUCUGGAUCUGACUCAGAAAGUGAAAGUAGUUCCAGUGACAGCGAGGCCAAUGAGCCGUCGCAGAGCGCCUCUCCUGAGCCUGAACCACCACCCACAAACAAGUGGCAACUUGAUAAUUGGUUGAAUAAAGUAAACCCACAUAAAGUUUCACCAGCUUCUUCUGUAGAUAGUAACAUUCCAUCAUCUCAAGGCUACAAAAAGGAAGGCCGUGAGCCGGUUACUGGGAAUAGCUACACUGAGCCAGGUGGGCCUAAAGAAACCAGUUCUACUACUCCUGGACGAGACUCCAAAACCAUCCAAAAGGGAUCAGAAAGUGGGCGUGGGAGGCAGAAGUCCCCCGCACAGAGCGAUAGCACAACACAAAGGAGAACUGUGGGCAAAAAACAACCCAAAAAAGCUGAGAAGGCAGCUGCUGAAGAGCCCCGAGGAGGCCUGAAGAUAGAAAGUGAAACCCCUGUAGACAUGGCUACCAGCUUGCCCUCCAGCAGACACAAAGCAGCCACCAAAGGCUCAAGGAAACCCAAUAUAAAAAAGGAGUCCAAAUCUUCCCCUCGACCUACAGCAGAGAAAAAGAAAUAUAAGUCAACAAGUAAAUCUUCCCAGAAAUCAAGGGAAAUCAUAGAAACAGAUACCUCAUCCUCAGAUUCAGAUGAAAGUGAAAGCCUUCCUCCUUCCUCACAAACUCCCAAGUACCCUGAUAGCAACAGGACUCCUGUGAAACCCUCCUCUGUGGAGGAAGAAGAUAGCUUUUUCCGGCAACGAAUGUUCUCUCCCAUGGAAGAGAAGGAACUCCUUUCACCCCUCAGUGAGCCUGAUGACAGGUAUCCACUUAUUGUGAAGAUUGACCUGAAUCUCUUGACCAGAAUACCAGGAAAGCCUUACAAAGAGACAGAACCACCCAAGGGGGAGAAGAAAAAUGUGCCAGAAAAGCACACAAGAGAGGCUCAGAAGCAAGCCUCAGAAAAAGUUUCCAACAAAGGAAAGAGGAAACAUAAGAAUGAAGAUGAUAACCGAGCCAGUGAGAGCAAAAAACCCAAAACAGAGGACAAGAACUCAUCAGGCCACAAGCCACCCAGCAACAGAGAGUCAUCUAAACAGAGUGCUGCAAAAGAAAAGGAAUUGUUACCUUCACCUGCUGGCCCCGCACCUUCAAAAGAUCCAAAAUCAGAGCAUGGCUCUAGGAAGAGGACUAUUAGUCAGUCAUCUUCCUUAAAGUCAAGCAGUAACAGCAACAAGGAGAAUAGUGGCAGCAGCAAAAACAGUUCCUCCGCAUCAAAGCAGAAAAAGACUGAAGGGAAAACUUCCAGUAGCUCCAAGGAGGCUAAGGAAAAGGCUCCAAAUAGCUCCUCUAAUUGUCCUUCAUCUACACCAAUUCCUGAUGCUUCUAAGCCUCGGAGAACAAAGCUUGCCUUUGAUGACAGAAAUUACUCAGCAGACCAUUAUUUACAAGAAGCAAAAAAGCUAAAGCACAAUGCAGAUGCAUUGUCUGACAGGUUUGAGAAAGCAGUAUACUAUCUUGAUGCUGUGGUGUCCUUUAUUGAAUGUGGGAAUGCAUUAGAGAAGAAUGCUCAGGAAUCCAAAUCCCCAUUCCCUAUGUAUUCAGACACAGUGGAGCUCAUCAAAUACACUAUGAAGCUGAAGAAUUACUUGGCCCCAGAUGCUACGGCUGCAGACAAAAGACUGACAGUGCUUUGCCUAAGAUGCCAGUCUUUGCUGUACCUGCGGCUAUUCAAACUGAAGAAGGAAAAUGCUCUGAAGUACUCAAAGACACUGACAGAGCACCUGAAGAAUUCUUACAAUAAUUCUCAAGCACCAUCCCCUGGCUUAGGAAGCAAAGCUGUUGGGAUGCCUUCCCCUGUGUCUCCAAAGCUGUCACCAGGCAAUUCAGGAAAUUAUUCUUCUGGGGGCAGUAGUUCAGCAAGUGGUUCUUCAGUGACCAUUCCACAGAAGAUCCACCAGAUGGCAGCCAGCUAUGUUCAGGUUACAUCCAACUUUCUCUAUGCCACUGAAAUUUGGGACCAAGCUGAGCAGCUUUCCAAAGAGCAAAAAGAAUUCUUUGCUGAACUGGAUAAAGUAAUGGGCCCUCUCAUCUUUAAUGCAAGCAUCAUGACAGAUCUAGCUCGUUAUACCCGGCAGGGACUACACUGGCUUCGCCAGGAUGCCAAGUUGGUGUCUUGAACUGAACACAUUCUCGUUGCCUCUGAUUUUCUCCACAACACUGUGUCACAUCACAAAGGAAAACUGCCAUAACAUGUCACCUAGUCAACACUAAGAAUGAGGAAUGGUUUUCUCCUCCCUGGUUCAUGUGCUGUUGUUUCUAACCCAAAGCCAUCCUAUCAGUUGACCCCUUCAAUAUUCCCAAUGUGAAAAAUUAUUUAAAUGCUGUUAAAUCUGCAGCGCAUUGAUAAGAUGGUUUUAGUGAUCUGUAAUAUGAUUGAAAUUCCAGUUGCAGUUUGUGACUAACCAAGUGAAAUUUUAUUUAUUUUAAUUUUUUUAGGUUCCCAGAUUGGGGCUUGUUUAAAACUUAGUUAUUUCUGCUUAUAAAUUUACUCUGUUGAACAUUUAGCAUAACUGUAAUGCAGGCAUUUUUAUUUAUAUAUUUUGGGAGCUUCAUUACCUAAUAUCUUUUUGUGAUAGCUCUUCUAUGAGUAAGAUAGGGAAAUGUUCCAUUUCUACUAGCUGAUAUUAUUUCAGAUCUUAACUACAAUUUUUAUUGUUGUAAAAUUUAUGCUUAAGUACUAAACAUAUUCUACACGUGAGAAAUCAUUUAAAUAUGAGAAGAUGACAUUCAGUGUGGAUGUAAAAAAAAUGAAAUCUGUCUGAUUUGGUAUGCAUUAUUUCAAAAACUGUGAAGGUGUGUUAAUAACACUAUAGAAAUCACAAGGUGACUGUAACUUGCAUUUAAUGCAUUACAAAAGAGAGCAGGCCGACUUUCUAAGAGAAGCAUAUCAUUUUGAAGGGUUUCAGGAAAGGACAAUCUUACACUUCACGGAUUUUAUUAAAACUGUUCUUUUUGUUGCUGAACUCCUGAAGGUUGCUGCCUAUGUCUCUUUAAUUGAUAACAUCCAAAGGUUAAAAUCUCUUUGGAAAAAAUUUCCCCCAUACUCGCUUGUGAUGCUCUGAUAUGAGCAUGCAGUGACUGAUAUUGUUGGUGUGUGUGGUUUUGCUAUACAACUUACAGUGCUAAUGCCUGAUGUAGAGAUGAUGAAUUUCUCCAUUUUAAAGGCCCCCAUUAGUGAUGUUGCUGUAGGAUCAGAAAAUUCACACAGAAAAGUACUAAUGGUUCAGUGUGAGCUCUUGGAAAGGGGAGGAGAGCAGUGAUGGAGCUUAAGAAGCCGGCACUGUAAGAAUUGUAUAUCAAAGUACCCUUCCCUACAAGGUGCAUAUAGGAGUCUAGGGUGAGAAAUGCACCCUCUGUACUUUGUUUUGAGUGCCCCUAUCAUGUCUGGUGUGCCUUAAAUCUUAUCUUUAAAUGGAGACUUUGUGGAUUGUUUACAGAUAAAAUUUUACACUAGGACUAGAUUGUCCACACAUGGUUGGUCCUCUCCAUUAAUAAUAAAUUUUCUUUCAUUUUAAAUCUUCCUUUAGGGUCAUGUAAGGAUUAAUCAUUUUUUAAAAAGUUAGUUUUAGUACAUGACUUAGUCUAACUAAUUGGGUAAUGUUGCUUCAAAAGAAAUCGUUUGUCUUCUUAUUCCAAAACUGAACCUAUCCAGUUGGGAAAAGUGACUGCCCUACUCUUUGUUGAUAAUUGGUGAGGCUUGAAACAGGAAAGGGGAAAGAAGGAACCGAAGAUCCCCAAGUCCAGUGGUGCAGUGCAUUCUCUGCUCAAGUCUCUGUUACACUUACCUUCUGAAGCUGGUGAGCUCUCAUUGUCCUGUGGCUUCAUGUGUGUCGAGCUCUAAUGGUUUUGUUCUUUGAGUUAUUAUUACAUACUAUUGAAGAUUGAGGUCUUCAAAUUACAUUGAAGCUAACUUUUUUCUCUUGGAGAAAUUGCCUGUGAUAUCUUUUAAUUUAAUCUUGGUGUGUUCUAGGAACAGUUUUCCUUAAGAGGACAUUUCCUCAGCAGUUACGAUAGUUCUUUAGUAGAAAUAAUAUCAAGAAUAUGUACGUCCUCCUUUCUCUGACUUCUGUGACUCUGAUUCCUUAAUUUGCAGUUCAGCAGCAGCCAGCAGGGUACCUCUGAGUUCAGUGCAUUCUAGUGUCCUGAAUGACAGCAGGAGCAUUUCUGGGGUCACACUGAUGUUUUCUUAAAGCAGAGUUUCCUGUGUGUUUUAUGGUGCUGCUCUAAGAUAUUUCCUCCUUAAAACUGUGUUAAUUCUUAUAGAAUGAAUUUUUGAAGCUUUUCAUUGUGGAGAGUUUUUCCUACCCGGUGGUAAUGGGCAGUGGAUCAAAAUCCAGUCCUCAAUAAUUGAAUUUUCAAUGUCAUGGUCUAUAGAACUACCACUCCCCUCUCUGUCUUCUCAAAUGCUCUGUGUCAUGUGCUCCAGCACAUGCUUUGAACUCCUGUACAGGUGACCGUUCCUCCCUUCUCAGUAAGUGUCUUCAGUAUUUUAUUUAAAACUGAAUUUGACAAGUAGCUAAAAACUUAGUCUGAGACUUGUAUUUAAUACACAGUUAAUUAUGAAAAUAGCAACUGUUUUUAAAAAUUACUCAGUUGACUGCUCUUUAAGACCACACUUGUAUGCCAGGAGGCAACAGCCUUCAUCAUUGAACUCUUUUGAGGCAACCAGCAGACCAGUUGCGGCGGACAAAGUUGUCAGAGUAGUCCUGCUCAGGCUUGCCUGGGCCGUGGGGAGCGCUCCCCGCCAAAUGAUUCAAGCUUCCACAGCCCAGCCCAGGCUCCUGUCUGGCUGGAGAGCAUCCACCCCUCUUCUUGCCCCAGUGCCACCCUUUUCUGGGCAGGGAGCCAAGAAGUAAACUUUAUAAGCAGUGAGUACUUCAGAUAAAUUUACAGCUAUAGCUACUGAAGAGUGGGGAAGACCGAGCACCACUGAUUUUAAUUCUCCAACAUAAAAGCAAUGUUAACUAACAUGCGCACGUGCCUACAUAUGCCUGUCCUUCUGGGGAGAUCUCGCACUAGAACACAAAGGCAUCUGGGCUGCACUUUGAAUGAUACACUUGUGCUUCAGUAGAUUCACUGUUUAAAUUGUUCAUUUCUUUUCAUGAAAGGUUUUAGUCAACUAGAUGGGGCAGCAUCAUUUCAUAUUUAACAGAAACUUUGGAACAUUAACUUUUAAUGAAUGUGCUUGCAUUGUGAAGCAAGAGCCUACAAAGGCACCUAUUAUACAUGAAAGUUCUGGCUGUGGAGGCCAGUACUCGGUGGAGUUUCAGAGAAGUCAGUGAUCGCUUCAGUCAGUGAUACGUAGCUGUGUCGCAGGAGGGUACGCUGUGUACUCUUCCAGGUAUGAGGGUAUGCAACUUUGGAUCUUAAAAUUCUGUACACAUACACACUUUAUAUAUAUGUACGUAUGUAUGUAUGAAAACAUGAAAUUAGUUUGUCAAAAAUGUGUGUGUUUAGUAUUUUAGCUUAGUGCAACGAUUUCCACAUUAUUUAUUAAAUUGAUCUAAGACACUUUCUUGUUGACACCUUGAAUAAUAAUGUUCAAGGGUGCAAUGUGUAUUCCUUUAGAUUGUUAAAGCUUAAUUAAUAUUAUUUGUAGUAAAUUAACUUUUAAAAUAUAUUUGAGCCCUUGUGUAGUGUAAUAGGGCUCUUACAGGGUGGGAAAGAUUAAUUUUCUGAUAGCUAAUUGAACAAAAUGGCUUCAUUGUGUAUUUUGAUUUAUAGGAGUUUACAUCUGGGUCCCAGGAACAUCUACUGGGGAUGACUACUUCAGGCAGGUUGUGAUGAUGCUUUAAAAAACAAAGAAUAACAACAAACCCUAAGUAACUUGGGGAGCCAGAGCAUUUCAAAUCUAUAGACUCCCAUGACUCAUAUUCCUUGGAUAAUACAGAACACAGGUUCCAUUUUAACUUUAUGUAUCAGUGUUGGAGAGGCAGACUUUUUUUCCAGUAAUAAUAUUGCACACCAAAAGUUGCUAUUCAGUAAAAUCAGGAGAAAUAAUCAUUGAAUGGCUUGGAAUAUGCAGUAAUAAGAGGCCAAAUUAUUCAUGAUUGUGACUAUACUUUUCACCCACUCACUAGUAGAAAAAUUCAAUUUAGAUUUCUGGGCUCCAAAGCCAAACAAGCAAAUGACAGGAAGAAAGUUGUAAAAGUUUGUAAAGGGGGCCGGGGAUGUAGCUCAGUGGUUCUUUUGCCUGCCUCACAAGCGCAGGGUCCCAAGUUCCAUCCCCGGCACCAAAAAUAAAAAAAAGUUGGUAAAGGGAUGCUGGACGUGUGAUUAAUUAAAAAGAACUGUCUUCAGAAAAGGGAAUAGAAAGGAUAUCUAAACACCUCUUAAAUGGAAUUUGGUCACAGAAUAAGGUGUUCAGGUUAAGUCUUGACCAAGUCAUAAUAUUUAAAGUAUCCUAAAAUAGCAGCCUAAGCAGUCAUCACAUCAAGAAGUUGAUUUUCAGGAAUGUUAGCAUGGACCGCUCCUUGCCACCAUUGUUCAGCUGAACAUAAAUUACCAUUAUUAAAAACAAAAAAAAAGCUGUCUAAAUGAGUGUGGAAAAUCUCCCACCCAGAAAUUUUAAUACUUGGUUUUGACCUCUUGCAACUUCCAUGUGGGGUUCCUUUGCAGCUUUUAACCAUUGGGAUUUUCUACCUGUUAUGUUCCUCUCUCAAAAAUAGCUAUUUGGAAGCGCUGCCUUUCAAACUGAUGCCAGGAUUAUCCACUUUGUUGAGCUUGUUGUUGCUGUUCAAGAAGUGUCCCCAUUUUACAACUGUACACACGCCCCUGGCAUGUCAUUGACACGAGAGAGCAUUCGACAGUACUGGGUGGGGUGGGGCUCCCCAACAGAGCUGGCCCAGUCAUCUGGGUCUGAAAAGGCGCCACCUCUGAGGGCCAGCUGUGGAGCUGGUAAGCACAGUUAGGAAGAUACUGUAUCUAGCCUCCGUUUCGGAUGAUUUUAAGAAAUUUUGUAUAUGGAGGAUGGAAAUGCUUAUAUAUUUAUUGAAAAUCCUUUUAUGUUAUUUGAAAAUUAUUUGGUAAAUAGUUGUUUGAUAUUUGGGGAGGGUUUUGGAGGGGAAGUAACGCUGUUGAUAAAUUACAAGCCUGUUGAUUGUGCAGAAAGGUACUGUUAGUGACUAAUAGGAUGCCUUUGCUUUGUACAUGAUCCAAAUCUUUGUUUUACAUUUCUUUUAUCCAAAAUAUUUAGGCAUCUGACAUUUUCAACCAAAAUUUCAAUUAUAUGCUGUGAUUUUUAUUUGUUGGAAUACAUUAAAAUUUCAGAGGUACUUUGGGGCCCAACAGCUAGGGUUUCUAAGCAGUACAGUAUGUGCAUUUCACAUAAUAAAGCUGUUAAUGGUGAGCAAAGUAUUAUAUACUAACUAGAUUUUCCACAUCUGUAUAGUAUAUUAUAUGUAUUUUGUGGUAUUGAGAUUAUAGAAAGUUUAGAAUGUCAAACAUGCGUUUAAUGUGUAUUUUUAAACAAAUUUAUGGCAAUUAAAAUAUUUGGAGACAAGGGUAUCAACAUUUCAAUUUGUAAAAAUCUUUUUAACUCUACUGUGUCAUUAAGAUGCUUUGUAUAAUGCCAAACCAUAGCUGGAGAAACUAAGUUUAAUAAAUAUCAAAUAGAUUUUCUGUAUUAAAGUUUAUGAACACUGUGCUCUUUACACUUCUUUA